ACUACAUCAACUACAUCAUCAACAGAUACAAAUAGCGGUGGUGUUCCUGCACAAGUGUCGCCUUCUUGGCUGUCUGAUAUUCAACCAAUGGCCGGAAAUGUCCAGAGCUAUCCUACAGGCCCUGUCCCAACUGGUCCAUUUACUGCAGCAGUUGGUCCACUGACCGGAUAUCCUCAAGCCUGGAAAGCCCCUGAUCCAACAUCUGCCGAAGUGGUUGCUGUAAUCAAUAGCCUUGACUGGACCCAGGUUCCCAACUCUGCUGUCCGACAGGCAGGUUCGGGCGGCGGUGUCAAAAUGACCGGAUACAGUGCUUCUGAUCCUGAUUGUUGGUGGAGCGCUUCUGGAUGCACUGUUUCAAAGAGAAGCAACAUCCCUGCCGAUGUAGCAUUCUGUCCAACCGCGGGCGAUUGGGGACUUACAUACGAUGAUGGACCCCUUACUGCAGAUGCUGGUCAAUGGGCCGAGCCAAAUCUUUACGACUCUUUAGCGGCCAAUAAUCAAAAGGCUGGUCUCUUUUACAUUGGAUCUAAUGUUGUCAACGCCCCUGCCGCUGCACAACGUGCCUUGGCAGAUGGCCACACCAUUUGUGUUCACACCUGGUCUCAUCCUGCCAUGACCUCUCAAACCAAUCAACAGAUAGUUGCUCAAUUUUACUGGACCUUGCGCGCAAUCAAGGAAGUCACUGGAGUCACUCCUCGGUGCUGGCGCCCUCCUUACGGCGAUGUAGACGAUCGUGUACGAGCUAUUGCCUGGCAGAUGGGUAUGACAACCGUCUUGUGGGACCAAGACACCAACGACUGGAACAUGCCCGGCAGUGGCGGCGGAAAUCUGCCGCCUGCUACUGUGGACGGAUACUUUGAAAAGUGGAUCAACGCCCGCAAGAGUGGUACAGACAACCAACGCGGACAUAUCGUUCUUCAGCAUGAACUCAACGACGCCACUGUUUCAAUGGCCGAGAAGUGGCUACCUCAGGUUCAGGAAGCUUUCCGUCUUGUACCCUGGAAUGAAUGCGUCCAAAUGGCCUAUCCUUACUGGGAAGAAAAUUUUGUCUAUCCUCCCGGUAACCCUACAGCCUCCUCAUCCUCUGAUUCUGCUGCCGGCAUAUCUUCUGUGUCUCCUUCUACCACCCAAGAUGCUACCCUUUCGGUCGGAUCAUCAGGAGUUGGUUCAGGUGCCGAGAGUACUACCAGCAACAGU